CCCCCCCCCCCCCCCCCCCCCCCCCCCCCCCCCCCCCCCCCCCCCCCCCCCCCCCCCCCCCCCCCCCCCCCCCCCCCCCCCCCCCCCCCCCCCCCCCCCCAGCAGAAAUUUGAAGGUGGCUGGACCUGUGUAGUCUACUGAUGUUCCCUGUUCAUAAAUGAUUUUAUUUUUUCUUUCAUCUAGGAACACAAAAUGAAUGUGAUACCAUGAUCAAAAAUAUACCAAAUAUUGUUCGACCACAAACAACAUCUUCUCUUCAAUUAUCAGGUACGGACACUAGAAUUCCUUUAAAUGAUGAAGCAAUAACAAGUGGUUCUGUAUCGAAUGCACAAGAUGUUGUUGUUUCCUUAACGGAGCAAACAAGAGUAAAUGAAAAAACACGUGAUACAUCAUAUCAAGAAGAACAAGAACGACAGUCAUCAUCAUUAUUGUGUUUACCACCAGCAUUAACAGUGAGAAGUAAUGUAAACAGUGAAACAAGUCCACAUGCAUCGACAACAACAGAAUCUGUACAACGACAAACAACAUCAAUUAUUACUUCAGCAGAAAGUGAUGCACUAUUCUGUGAACCUACGAAUAAAAACAAUAUGAUUAUUAUCAAAGGCUUACCUGGUACAAUUAAUACUGACAACUUAUAUGAUGUUCUUUCCAAAACUGGUCAUAUACGACAUACUGAUGAUACAAAAGCAAUGCUUACAGUUUCUAAUGGUCGUGCAUUGUGUGUGUAUGAAGAACGAAAUGCAGCUGUAAAAGCUUGUCAAAUUUUUAAUGGUAAAAAUGAAUCAAAAUUAGGUUGCGUUAUGAAAGUGCAAUUGGUUGUUAAUGGAAUUGAUUUGAUAGGGCAAAUGAUGAAUAAUGACGACAAUGAUGUGAUGGGUGAAGAUCGUGAAAAAAAUAAUGAACGUGAUCAAAAUGAACAGCAUGAUGUCAAUGAUAAAGAAAAUAACAAUAACGAUGACGUUCAUAUGUUGGAUGUAUUGGUCGAUGAUAGUGCUAAUACAACAAGUCAUGGUAGCAGCAUUACUGUUGACAGUCAGUCUCUAAAUUUUGCUUCUUUGUCUACAUUAAAAACAGUAAAUAUGUUUCUAAAAAUUCCACUUAGUCCACAAGAAUUAGCACAAUCAAGUGGAUCAACAUGGGCAGAUACAACUCGUAAUUUAAUUAGAAAAGUAUUUCGUGAUAUUGAUUUAGCAAAUGUGAAUUAUAUUAAAUUAAACGGAAAACAUUCAGAUGUAUUGAAAGAAAUUUAUGGUUUUGUUCAAGAAAAUCAUAAUAUUGUUCUAAAACGUUCAGAAUUCAAUAAACAAAUAGGAACAUUAUGUCGUAAUAGUAGAAAAUCCAUUGAAUCCCGUAAAAAUUCAAAGAAAAAAACAACAACUAAUGAUGUUAAUAAAGAAAAUCAUCUACAACAACAACAAUUUCGAAUACUCAAAUUGGUGCAAAUUAUGGUAAUGACGACAAUAUGGCAAUGGAUGUUGAUUUUGACAAUGAUUCUGAAUAUGAAGAUAAGAGAUUGUGACAUCGUUAUGGAUAUCAAAUAUGCACUUGAAGAUAAUACAAUUGAUCGCGAUGCUGAUGUUUAUUUUUCUAAUGAAACAACAAAUGACAUUCCAAGACGAUCAAUACCGACUAAAAAAGAUUGGUCGUCUUUGCUUAUGAUAUAUAAAGCACGUCGUCGACAAAAUAAUGUUGAUAUGAACCAUUUAUGCAAAUUAUUACAUUUAAGUCAUCCAAGUUCGAAUGAAAAUAUUCCUGUUAGUUGGAAUUCGAUAAAGUAAGUAAAAAAGAAGUUAUUGUAUAUUAGUUUUUGUUUGAUAGCGUAAUUGAAGCCUGAAGAUUCAUUCAUUCCCUUCCCAUCAAACAAAUAAAUUUUUCCUCAGUUCGCCGUAUGGAUUCAAUUUUGAUAAUGGAAAGAACUACUUAGGGCAAUCCAAAAGUAGUGAGGGAGGUACUUUAUUUUCUUAAGGAGCGCUUCAAAAACAUUUCUCUUUUAAUGAACAGAUAGAGCGUCUUUCGCUGUAUUUUUCUAUGCUAUUUGGUCAAUAUUCAACUAAUAUUAUAAUAAUAAAAUUUCGAUAUGAUUUCCGAAGUGUUUUGAUUCAAUUUUCUAACCGUGGAAAAAUUUUUGUUCAUGAAAAAAAGCAAAAACAAAAAAGUUGAUAGAAAAUCGUAGUAGAGGUUCGUCUAAAAUACGUACUAUCCCCAAAUAAUUAAAUUUAAACAUCUGUCUUUUGCAGUUUGUAGAUCUUCGAUUAGCGGUUUGAAUGUUAGCCUGAUUAUUGAAAAUUUACUGUAAACAACUUACAGGAUAGGUUUGUCCUUUAAAAGGUCAACUAAAAACCUUGCAAAAACC